CAACUCUGGCGAUAAGCAAAACAAAAACAGUAAAGAAAUUUAAAAAGGUCAUUGUUUAUCCUAAAAAGCUGCUAAAUUUAGUAACGUAUUUGAGUUGCAUAGAAGAAAAUGUUUUGCCGCUGCUUCUACCUAGUCGGCAUAGCACUUCUGCUGGUACUAUUCCACCAGCAAACAUGUGACGCAGCAGUCACACAGGCGCCCCAAAAGACUGUGGAAAUUUCGGAAAAGAGUGCGCCGGUUGUCGAACCGGAGGCCAAGAAACAGGAGAAGAGCAAGACCGUUAAAAAAGUGCUGAUUGAAGAACCUCCGGCGGGACCGAAGGAUUCUAUGGUCGUUGUAGAUAAAGAGGCACCCGCUCCUGUUGCCCCUGUAUUGCCAUUAGCUUCGCAGCCAGAUGCAAAGGCUCCGGUUGCCCAGUCCCCAGGAAGAAUUCCUGAGGACGAUGUACACGCCGAACGGACACAUGUGACUCCCGAUAUUGACUUUCCCGGCCAGGCCGUGGUAUACAUACUAGUGGGCAUUACCAGUACGGCUAUAUUGCUGCUCGUGAUGCGUGUUUAUCGUCUGCGUCUGUCACGAGCAGAGCGCAAGUACGGAGUGCAGGGCGACCGGGCGAAUCAGGAGCUGACACCACUUCCCAUGGCCAUUGAGGACGUGAAUAGCGACGAAGAGGACCACACACUGUUCGAGGUCAAUCGCCAGAACAUACGCAUAUUAUGAAAUAGCAAACAUGAGCACACGCCAACGAUUCGUUUGGACGCACCGCCAUUUUCGACACUUCUCAGCAGAUCUUGCCUUAUUUCGUAGCUAUUUAACGCUUUGUAGAUUUGCGCUGUAGCUGCCAGCCAAUAGCCAACUAAGCCCACUACUAACUAAGUUCUGUGCAUUUCUCCCACUCGCAGUUGGUUCAGGUUUAACGAAUCAAAAGGAAAACAAAACCACUUGUGAUAACGAUUACGAUGAUAUAUAUAUAUGUCUAUAAGAACGAAGAUGCCGCUGAAGCCCCCGAAGGCAUUAAAACUCUCAAAAGAACCGAUGCUUUCAACUCGCCUGUGCGUGUAUGUUCCAUAUUAAUAAAUGUUAAUUAAAUGUA